AUGAACAGAGAUGACGAUGGACAAUGGUUUGUGCAAUGCCGGGUGUAUUGCAUCUUACUCACUGUUGUCUCUGCAGUGUCACAGUGGUGCCAGCAGUUUCAAUUCACAGGUCGUAGAAACAGUCCAGGGACACCGGAACAGAAACUGCUGCAAGGUUUGCAGAUUUUGUUGAAAGAUACUUUGCAGGCCUCUAGCUCCGGAGCCUCAAACAAAAAAGGCAAGGGUAAGGGCUCCGGCAAAAGUAGUGGUAAAAGCCUACCUUCCAAACAGAGAGAUGCGAACCAUGAUGGCAGCUAUGGGCUGAUUCAAGCCUUGCAAAAGCUAACUGCCCGAGCCGCAAAGAAACCACAAGGGUUGCUCCAAAGGUUGAAAACAUUGGUUCAAGUUACUGAACGUGGUAUGUUGCGACCAAACAAGAGAAAGAAAGAUCUGCCGCCGCAUGAGGCGGCCCCGCCAGUGAAACCAAGCACACGAUUCAAAAGUUCAGAGAAUUUGGUAGAUGGUGCUCCUAAGCCAAAAACACGAUGGCAACGCGACAGAUCCUGGAAAGCCCGUGCCCAGGACUGGGGCGUCAAAACUGUUUUGCGUGGCCCCACAGCUCUGUGCAACGCUCUUGACAGUGGGGACACCGGUGCUCUCCUGUGUCAAGUACAAAAUCUGGAUGAUUGGAAUGAAGCCCUCCAAAUUUCUCAUGCUGCUGGUCGCACCAAUGUCACGGUUGUUCUUGAAGCUGCACCUAACAUGUCUCCAGAACUUGGCAAAUUGAGAUAUCAUGGUUGGACAGCCUUGAACACACGUGCAGCUGGUUAUGCCGAUGAUAAAUUGGUCCAGCGCUUGGUUUGGAUUGCGCGGUGCUCGCCAAAUGCACCCACAUUGGUUCCAGGAUCCGUGCUGACAGGCGCCAGGCGGCCUGUUGUCCAGAAACACGGCCAUGAAGCUGAAAACCUGGUUCGAGGAUUUGCUCGCGUCAAAGGCAAAGACAGGGCCCUGCAGUUGAUUAAAGCGAGCGGCUCAGAACACAAAGGAAAUGUCCAGCCGUUGAAAGCAGAAAAUGAUGAUGAUCGCGGUAACGAAGCUAUGGAUGUCAGUCUGAUUAGCGUCCCAGAUGCAAGUGAUGUUGAGGAUGAGCCCAUGCAUGUCCAGGGCACCAAACGCAAAGACCAGGCCAUGUUGACCAGCCCGCAAAAAACUGGUCAUGACAAAAAGAGGAUGAAAGUGCCCGAGUGGCUUCAAAAAGUUCCGAACCCUGGGGAAGGGAAUUGCUUGUUUUACUGUCUAGCUCAGGCGGAGUCUACCCCAGGUAAGUCCCGCAGCCACAGGCAGGUGCGUGCAUUUGUUGUUGCCUACAUGACCAAACACUUCAAGAAAUACGAGGAUUUCUGGGACGGUUUAAGCCCGAGCAACAUUCCCAUGGAGGGUGGGUUUGACGAUUAUUUACAAGCCCUUGAAAAAGAUAAAGCUUGGGCGGGAUAUUGUGAAAUCGAAGCAUAUGGCGAAGCCAUGCGCCGACCUGUACUUGUUGUGCAUGCCAAGGACAAUGUUGUCCAUGCUUUUAAUAGUCAUGGCGAUAAGGAUGUUGUCUGUCUCUGGUACAAGGAUGAACAUUAUGAGCUUAUUGUUCCUUCAGACGCAGAUAUUCAGGCCCUGUGGCAGAAUGCUGAAGACGGUGGCACCAAGGGUUACCGCGGGGCCGCAAAGAAGGCACGCUUGGCUGCCGACAAUGCCCCAAAAGGGGCCACCAGAGGCGACUCCAUUCUUCGCCUUUGCAAGAGAGCAAGCGUGUCACCUGAUGUACCUCACAGAAGCAUUUUGCCUUGGAAGCUGAAGCAUCGCCAGAUGUAUGUGCAACUCAACAAGUUUGCCAAGGAGCAAGGUCCUUGUGGCGGGCGGACUGCUCGUGCCGAGUGGUUAGCCAUGCCUGGUCGCCAAAAAUGCUGGCGUCAGGCUCCCAAAGAGCGCCAAGAGGCGCUGCACAAGGCUUGGCGUUUGAGUGCUACUGAGCGUAGGCAGAUACCUGCACUUUGGGUAGGUGAUUGGAACGAAACUCCUGAUGACAACGCCGCAUCCAUUUUCUUGAAUGGCAGUGUUCUGGCUGUCACGGAUCCUGAUCAAUGGGAUCCCGACCAAGAUUGGGAAUAUUUUCACCAGUUUGCUGAAAAGAGCAUGCGUGAAGCAUUGCACUUGUGUGGCCAGCCCGUGCCUAGGCCGCUCUCAGAGCCUCGGGGUCUGCAGCCGGAUGUGACGGUUGGUUUGGCCAUUGAAAACAUGCAACUGCAAGGGUUGCCAGAUGAGUGGGCUAACAUUUUGAUGUUUGUAUGGGGUCAUCAAGUGCGAUGGCUGUGCUUGGGGAAAGCUGUGCACCCAACGCCGGAGCAUGUCCAGACCUCCAUGCCGCAAGGUGAUGCCUUUGCACCUCUGGCUCUUAUCAUGUUGCUCAUUGGGAUGCCACGACCUGGAGGCUGGCAGAGUUUCAUUUGCGCACGCAUGCGAGAGCUGAACUGGGAAUUUCGCGGUCCAUGGAUGUUUGCACAUGAGGAUUUGGGUCAUGUCGAUUUAUCCAAUCCAGAUGAAGCUGUUGUGAAACUCACCGAGCACAAGGUGAGAGAAAGUUGGCGCCGAGUGCAAUUUGCCCUUUGGAAAAAGCAGUCCCUGAAGAUGAAUUGCAAAAUCGUCUUGCUUGGCCCACACGUGGGUGUGAUGCCUAUGAUAGAGCGGUUCUUCACCACAUGGCCCGGGUCAGGGCCACUAGCCCUCCAAGCCGUGGGAAGCUUCAUAUUGUUGUUGAGGCGCAUUGUGUUGAUGGAACAUCCAUACCAACAUUUUUUGAGCUUGCACGUUGACGGUGACCGCUUGGGUUGGACGACCUUGCCCGACAGCAAGAUGCGAUUUCUCUUGACCAUCAUCGAUGAAGCACAUGAUAUUUUCUGUACAGAUGGGAACCGCACUUUUCUGGAAGAGAAGAUUGAGGCACCACGACAAGUGCUGUUCUUGUCGAGCGUAUCGCAAAACUCAUUUGGUGCAGUGGACUUUCCACCAGCCAAAAAGAUCACAAUGACCCAAGUGGUGCGCAGUACGCAGAGGAUCGUGGCUGGGGCAGCUGCAUUUCAAGCAAGUGCGGCAGAGAAAGAUCAGAUCGGCUCAUUAUGCCCAGCUGGGCCCCCUCUGAAGGCUUUCCUCUUUGAGUCUGAUGGACAGCUUUACGAAAACUAUGCCGAACACACUGUAUCUGCAUUAUUUUUUGUCAUGUGCAUCUACGCUGGACUCAGUUUGCACAAGCGCCUGGCGCUUUUGGUUCCCAACCCUGACUUUCUGGAGGAGUUCCGAGAUGCGUUGCAAAGACAUUUCUUGACGGCACACCUUGCAGGGCGAAACUUCAAGCUGAUAUCGUUUACUGAGUCGCUACGCAUGCUCCCAAACGUCAAAGCGAAGCAGGCCACACAUGCAGACAAUGCAGAGAUGAUAUUGCUGGACACAGUGGAGAAUGCAAAGGGACUGGAGUCACUCAUCGUGGUGUGCAUUGGUCUUGAUCAAAGAGUUGCUGACCAAAGUGCAAAUCAGGUUGGACGUUCCAUUAUUUAUCAGGCUAUCACUCGGGCGCAGCUUCAGGCAGUGAUUGUGAACCAGCUCCUCCGAGGAGGUUGGCUGGAAUUCUUGGGGGUCACAAAAUUCAAAAGUGAUACCUUCAAUGAAUCCACAGCUAUGGCCGAGACCACCACUGCUGCUGCUGAAGCCUUGACGAAAGUGCAGCUGCCAUCGAAGUUGGCCGUUCAGGCCUCGCAGGAAAAUUCAUCGCCAAGAGAAGAUGCCAGGGCGAUCCAAAGAGAUCCUCUGAAGCCGGAUGCUGUGCCACCUUCAAAGCCAAUGUUGGAAGAAGGUCAAGACCCCACAACUGCACCUGAGGCGGGUGACAAGCCCGAUGACAAGUUGGUCGAGAUCAAGGAUUCAUCUGUGUGGGAUGCCGAUGUCAUUGACAUCAAGGAGCCGAUCUCACAGCUGCAGUUUGACCCUCGAUCACCCACGGGACAAGCUGAGGAAGAGGUAGCAUCCUUGGAGGUGCGGAAGUAUCGGUGUCUCACACUGUACACUGUCUUUGAAGUUUUGAGAGGUUUGAUAUGGGGGCACCUGCUUUUCAUGUAG